AUGGGUAAAGGUAAACGCGGGAAGGGCAACUCACCCGCAAAGAGGCCAACUCGAGAAGACUUUCUCCGGGCGGACGGCAACAAGCGCAGAGUCUCGUCUGACCGACGCAGCGGCUCCGUCGCACCGUCUGCCCCUACAGAAGAAGAGAUGGUAGCGCCAACACCUUGUCGGCCCUCCGCCCAAGUUCUCCCUGUGUGCAUACGCUACACGGGUCGAGACUGGGUGGAGACAUACGACGAGGUGGCAAUGGACCUGCGCUACCCUCCACAAGUGCAGAUGCUGGACAACGAAGCCGCGCUGUCCAUCCAGCCACGUUCACAGGAGGAUCGGAAGAUCCUCUGCGACCAAGAUGGCCGCCGCGAGAAGCCGACGACAUCGAAGAAGAGGAGGAGGAGGAGGAGGCGCAAACGCGCCAGCGCUCAAGCCUCAGAGCAGGCAGACAAAGCAGCGGCGCCUCGCCACAACGCGCGGCCGGCCCCUCCACCCGCCAGUGGCAGAGGUGGUGGGGGGGGCCCCUCGCGCGAGCAGGAGGGACGCCACUCAGCAAGCAGCAGCGGUGUGGGCAACAUCGACGCGCUGAUGGAGGAAGCGGAGUCACGCUUCCGGAUGGCCCUCCACGCGGAGAUGGAGGCUGCCUGCCACCUGCUGAGGGAAGCAUUGGCUCUCCGCCUUCAACGUGACGGGCCGACGGCACACACCAGCGCGUCCGCAGCCACGCAGACUGAAGAAACCACCAAGAAGAAGAGGAUGGUGAUCAACCGCGCCAGCCAGACCACCGACGGCGCCUCAUCCUUCCACACAGAAACCACCGUGCGUGUCGAUGAGGGCACCCAGACGUCGUCCAAACGGUACAAGCGCCAUCGUGGCGCCCAAACCGAGACGGCGGAUGCGGAGUCCAUCGGCACGCAGACCGAAGUGGCAGCCAUGGAGCCCACUAGGUCUCCAUGGAAGCUGCACAGGAUCGAGGCAACGAGCAGCAAACCUCCCAUUCCGAGAUCUCCCUCUCCAGAGGUAGAAGAUCUCGGAAUAAGACGAAUUCUAGGUGACGCCCAAGACCGUGGCCCCAGGACAACUCCGGCCGUGCCACAAAGACGACCUACGUGCUCGAGGGAGUUCGAGUACAUCAAACAAUGGAGGCCGUGA